UUUUAGUCUCAUAGUUAAGAUAUGAAUGAUAUUGAUCCUUCCUCUCCCGAUGAAUCUCAUUCUUCUCGUCAAUUCAUUUUAUCUACUUGUACUGCUUUAGGUGGCUUCGAAGAUGCUGUAACUGUUGAUGGUACUUUGAAACGAGUCUAUACAGUUGGUGACGAAGCCUUACACUGUUUAAAAGAUCUUAAACGUAUUAUUCGAGCCGAUGAACAAUUCACCAAGGAAGUCUUGAUUGAACUCAACAUUUUAGAAACUGAUCUCAUCCCUAUUAUUCUCUUGCAUUCAAAGCAAUCAACUCAGGUUUCUGAACGUUUCAUUUUGGCUUGUACUGAAAUCAUUGUACCAUUAACUUGGCCUAUUCCUAGGAAACCUGACGAAAAGGAUGACGACUUUGAUCCCAACUUACUCCACAACUAUCGAAAACUCAAACUAAAAUUAUUGGAAAAGGGCGUUUUUGAAGCUAUUGUUAAUGUUUGUAUCAAAGCACUAAGGAUUCCCCAUAGAGAACGGUCUACUCGUGAUCAAUCCAUUAUUCGACUUAUACUUUAUCUUUGGCGAAAUCUAACUGCAAUUGUUGACCCAAAAGCCUCUACGAUAGCUUCUGAUGAAAAAACUCUGUUGGCAACUCUACAGGAACGUCUUUUGAUCCGAUUCCAUGAAUCAAAUGUGUUGGAACUGUUACUAACUAUGGCAUCCACAACUGGUACAACCGAUACAACUGAAUGGAAUAUGAUUCUACUUGAAAUUAUAUAUAAUCUGUUGGAAUUCGCCAAUACAAAAGAAACAUUUUUAGCCGAUCAAAAUAUUAAGAAUCAAAAGAAAUGUAACAAAGAAUCUGACGAACUAUCAUCACUACUCUCAACAGAAAAUAAUCAAAAACGACUCAAAACAAAACAUGCACCAUCAAGACAUAAUAGAUUUGGAGGAUCUUAUACACUGGAGGGUUGGGAUGGUACGAAACAUGUCUCUCACCAACAAAGUGCUGGUUUUGCAGAUCUGGAACAACUGAUCAGUUUACAAAAGAAAAAUCGUGCUGGACAAAAGAGGAAACAAAUGGAUGAAGUUGGGACACACAAUGUAUACAGAGAUAACACAGCAUUAUUAAGUCUAAAACGAUUCUCACAAUCUUUUAUGGAAUCAUGCUUCAAUACAUUCUAUGGAUCAAUACUCAAGGAUAUGCAAAGACAAGACAAAUCUAUUGUGGAACGUGAUUAUGCUCGAUUCUACUUUACUCAGAAAUGGUUCUUGGAAUAUUUCAGUUACGAAAUCGCAUCAACAAAUGCGGCUCGACUUGAAAAGGAAAAACAACAGAAAUCCAUUGAAGAAAAUCAACUCAUUCUACCAAAUCGAUCGAAACAAUCGGAUGAAGAACCAAAUAGGGCAACAAACUCUGCUCACCAGGAUCCAUCAACAUCACCGAAGGCAACACAAGUUAUGCAAAAUGAUGAAAUGACAACAAUCGAUGACCAGAACGUAGAUACGCCCUCAACUACCCCUCAACCCACUCAGCUUUCUAAAGAUGACGAAGAAAAUCCUGGUUUCGACUAUGAUUUAAUUGCUAAUAUGAUGGACUUGAAGAUGUUCUGGGAAUGCAUGAAAAGAAUUCGAACUUGUUUGGAAGACAAGCUCUGGUUUGAUGUACAGGUGACAGCAGAUUGUCUUCGGCAAAUGUUGAUAACUCUUGCUGCCAUGAAUCGAUCAACUGAACAAGAAUACCGGGAUGUAGCAGAUUAUAUACAAAGCAAUAUUUAUCACGAACAAUCAACUUUGGAUAUCUUUCCUGACCUUAUUCGAAGCUAUCGAAAUCAAUCUUUUGGUUAUAUAGAAACCAUGGUCCAAUUGAUUCAUGUGAUACUGAAGCUGUUGGAACAAUAUUGUAAGAAGCAAAAGGUCCACUUCGUCCGCAAAAAGAGAACUGUCAGGAAAGCAAAAUCAAAUCCACCAGAUGGACAUGAUGAGGCAAUGAAUGAUAGUGAAGAUAAUGAUUCCCAAACUGAAGAAGAUCGUGAACUACGAAUAGCCUAUCGGGAACAUGUAUUUGCUUUUGAAUCUUUUGAAAAGCGAUUUGCCACAUAUGAUUUUGUUCGAGUGAGCUGUGUCUUACUGGAACAAUACCAUCAUUUGAAACCAGAAGUACUACAUGCCAUCACUACUGUAUUCCAUCGUAUUAUGGUACGAAGAAAGGCUGAACAUUUAUUCUGGAAGUUGCCAACAUUAGAACUGUUUAGUCGUAUCAUCAAAGAUCGUGCUCUUUUACCGAAAUCACCAGCUCUAGAUCAAUUCAUACAAUUUAUUCGCUAUGUGGUGCGUCAAUUCUUUAAGAAAGCCGAAACUUAUCCCCUUUUAUUCGUCGAAACCUUAUUCAAGAUUGAACCCUGUCGUGUGGAACAACCCAAGAAGCAAGAAUCGACCCAGUCUUCCCCUUAGUUAUUAGAUAAUCGUUAUUUCUACACUGCACCUUUAUACUUUCUUUGAUACAUAACCCCUCCUGUAUAUAAUAAAUUUAUUGAACAUUCUACAGUUUUGUCUGUCGAUGAAUGAAAAUGGAAUGAUAAUCAUGUUCAGAUAAAUAAUCAUCAAGGUAUAUAUUAU